GUCAGUUUGGUUUUCAACAUUUAUUUCUGUAGUUCAACCAGCAAAAGUAACAUGUCGUGUCUGCAGCUCGCAUCAACGAACAACAAUAUCCAUAGCAAGGACCACUCUUCCACUUCCAGAACGAACAGCGUGAGAAUCUUCAACAGUCCACGAAUCAAGAAAAAGGGCGGCAUCAACGAUUACCUUUACCACCCCUUCUACAAUUGUGACUGCUCCCCGUUUUCGACCAUCUUCAAUAACAACGACGUCAGACUGCAGAGCGGUGAUUCGUCUUCAUCAUCCACUCAGUCCUCGGAUUUUCCAUCUACUGCAUCGUUGUGUUCUUGCCCACUACCAGUUAAUAGAGGUGAUCACAAACACAAACACAAGCUGUUGUAUCGACGGUGUCCUCCACUUCUUUUCGAUUUGAUAACAAGGAAAAAAACAGUUCCCGAUUUACAGCUGAGCAUCUGCUCUGGAUUGCAACGAGAACGCAUCUAUUUGGUGAGUACGACCGAUACUGAUGAAGCUGUAGAAUGGGUGGAGGCAUCGGAAAGGCAAAAACUCGUCCGGUCCCAGUUCAAUACGACUCAUUCGAGGACUACCUGCAAAAGAAGCCCUCAACGACCCAUGGACCCACCGCUACACUUGCUGGGGCAUUGGAGCUCGAGAAAAAUGGAGGUAACAAGAAGCGCCGCUCUUCAACGUCAUCGGGCGGCAGUGGAGGUUCGAAGGCAAAGCCACCGGCCAUGUCGUCCAGCGAGGACGAGCCGCCGUCGUUGUCAUCAUCAGGCGCAGAGACUGGGGGGAACAUCCAGAGCUAAGGUCAACGCUUGCUCAUAAUCAAGAUCUGCAAUCCUCUUGCAGAUAGAUACGGAUUCCGUACAAAGUAUAAUAGAUAUGCAAGAGGAGUGAAGAACUUCAACAACUUACAUCAAGACAACUGAUCAUAUAGGUAUAUUUAUAAGAAUAUGAAUUUUCUUGCACCUACUUACCAUGUCCAUGGCAAAUAAGAUUAUGAUCAUCCUAAUACGCCACCUCUAAGACAAACGGAGCAAGCACGGGCGUGGUGGAGUCAAUAUGCCAGAGCAGACUGGGAAUUGGACUGAGAAGAAACACCGGUCCAAGGAAAGGAUGCAGAAGGAGAAAGCAAAGUAUCGCGAGAUAGAGACUUUCAUCAUGAUCAUAAUUAAUAUGAUUUGUUGAGUUUCAAUUUCUGUUCAUGCUAUUGUUAGGAAGGUCUAAGUUGUAGACCGAGUAGAGCACGAGUGGCACUCAACAUAUGUAGUUCCACAACUACAGAUAGAGCCGCUCCUAUUCUUGUAAGUAUAGUAGAAUGAUUUAUAGAACGAAUGUAGGAUGGACUUGGAUGGAUCGGAUGGACCCCCCUAAGUCUUCCGGUCCUCCUUGAGUUGAAACGGUGGGAAGUCCAUCCGUUCCGUCUCGUCCUGGAACUGACACCCCUAGAAAUUAUUCUAUUGUAAUGCGUCUAAGUCUAUAUUAACUCUAUAUUAUUUAUUUGCUAAGAGGUUACAGUAACACCAGUUAAGGUGACGAUUAUAGCAUGCAUCUAUCUUCUCCUUCUCCUGGACCAGGCUUCUUCAAAACGUGGACAGUAUCCAUAGCGCGACGACUGCUGGCGAGACAGACCCAGCGACACUCCUCUUCGAGUGGCAGCACGGCAAUGAAUGGAAGCCAUACGAGUCCAAGUAUCAGGAAGUGAUGAGGAAUGCCUUCACUGCAAACUAUCCGACGAUCAAAUUUUUCAUCGGAAGUAACGACUACGAGGUAAACUUUAAGCAGAUGACGCAAAAGAAUCUGAAGUCGGGCAACAUGAAGAAGAUUCGGUGCUCCUCAGAGGCUAAAACCAAGCCAGGCGCUAAUGGUCGAAUGCAAGAGUCUAAAUUUCAAUGGCUGGAUGCAAGCAGGUGGAAGGACUUCGAGUAUUAUUUUUCCUGACUUUUAGAACUAAUAUCACAUCAAUGCGAUUGUAGAUUUUUUACUUUCUUUUUGCUUGUUUGAUUCUCUAUUUCAACUCAGCAUCCUCUUGCUUCGACGUGGUAUCAAAUCAACACCAACUCAAAUUCUUACCUAAAACUUUUGUACUCUCACCUCCAGCUGGGCUGCUGAUCGAGUGCUUUGGACCGACUAUAAGCGUGGAAUGGCGACAACGCGAAUUACGAUUAUGGGUCACAACUACGAUGUUGACUUCAUGGAGUGGACGCAGACCAAUGUGCGAACGAAGAAGUCCCGACCUAUACGAAUAAAGAACAUCGUAGAUCAAGGAAUGACGCCUGAUGCUGACUUCGCGCGACAGCACUUUCAGACAGAGACGGGCGACGACGCAGCAGCAGGCACGCCGGGUGCAGCGAACAAAAGAGCGGGUAAAAACGAGGCACAAAAUGAUCAUCUUGGCGGAGCGCAUCAACAACACAAGACGCACAAAACCCCUAGUCCCGAUAAGUCGCCACGAGAUGGAGAGUCGCCCUUGCGCAGCGAAAGGCCAAGCACAUACCGCGGUGGAGAUCAACAUCAUAGUGGAGGGGGUCCAGCGAAUGAAUUUGUCUUUCAGUUUUACCAUGAAGACCCCGCGCAACCUCUUCGAGGCAAGUGGCUCAACUACCCGAAAGGUGAACAGAAACUGUUGGCUGACGGCUGGGCUCAGCAUCUGGAUGCAGUUUCACUUGGGGACGGCGUUCUUGUGGAUUUCAAGGAGAUGAAAGAAAACGGCAAGACAGCAGUGCGUAGGGUUAACCCAAAUAAGGUAAGGCCACACGGCGGAGGAGGGACACAGAAUCGACCGCCGAUGGACAACCCGCAUAACAAAAGAGACGUACUACUUAGGCUUGUUUUAUUUGCUGACUCAGGGCAACUAUUUGUCUUUGUUCUGGUUUCAAUGAUGUCAUUGAUGCAUGGUAAUACGCUGCUCUACGCUGGCUCUACGAGAUUAAGACUGCCACGGCCAGUCGUAGAUGCGGCCACUUUAUUAUGAUUAUCAACAUUCAGAAGUUAUUUUCAUGACCACGACAUUCACAUAAUAUAUCUUCAUUCUCCAUUGAUGAAUGCACUACAUAAAAUAUUCUACAUUUUCACAGUGCUUCGAGUGGUACGACCCACAGCGUGAUGAGUGGCAUGUGUACAGCGCGGCAGAGGACAAGAAGCUCAAGCACGCGUGGUUGAAUCGCGAGCCCACAGUCCGGUUUCACUCGUUGCACGAGGAAGAGGAGGUCGAGGUAAAUUUCGAGUAUUUGCGCCAGAAGACGUUGUCUACGGGAGAAAUUCGCAGUAUCCGGCAUCCAGUGAAGUUUGGAGCGUUUCGGCGUAAAAGCAAGCAUCACACUGAUGGUUACGACAAUGCAGACUUCUUCAACGACAUGCAACGAGAGCGGGAGGAAGAGAAGGAGCGCGAACGGGAGGCGCAGUUCCGCAACACGCCAAAAGAUGACUCGGGCAUCUGGGGUCGUCGCUUCGGUGGACGUGCGCGCACAAACCAAAAAGAAAAACAGCACUUCGGAGCGGGGGGUGGGAUUCCUGAUCCAUGGACUACAGGGCCAGACCAAGAGACUGCGGAAGAACGACAACGACGGCGUGCGCAAGACUACCAGCGAAAAUACAAAUAUGGCCUUCUACUAGUAGUAGUUGUAAUUGUAUUUAUCGUGGAUGUCGUCCUUAAUCUUGCUCAAUCCCUCUUGUUUUCUUUGGUGUCGUAGGAACAUUUCGUCAAUAUUUUCUAAUCCAUCGAGUUCCGAAAUUUCACGAACAACUUUAAAGUACCCCCUGGAGCGGACGGGGGAGGCGCGAGAGGCGGCGCAGCCGGUCCUGGUCCCAACGUCCCAAAAGCUGGUCCUUCAGCCGGCGCUUACAACACCGGUCGCGGAUCAGAUCCCUUCACUCGUGCCGGUUUCGGAGGCAAUACUUCGGACUCCGGUUCCGACGUCGGCGGUGAUCCACAAGGCCCUGGCCAGCGUCGUCCCCAGAAGCCGACGCCGCUACCGCAAGGACCGAAGCUGGAUGCUUCUGUCAAUGCGGUCACGCGAGAGCUGUACCAAGACAUGGAGGCGCAUUUGGGAGAUGCGAUUCAAGACCGCAAACAGUGCAUCAAAAAAUGGCAGCUGGCCUAUCAUCCCGACAAGAACCCGGAGAAAGUGGACAAGUACAAACAGGUCUUCCAGUUCCUGAUGGAGCAUAAAGAGUGGUUUUUACUCGGCCGCAGUCCAAAUAACUCCCCAAAACGAGGCAAAUAGCUUCGACGUAGUACUAUGUGCACUCGUCUCCUUGUUGCUGUUGCUCGUCGUCGAUGAAUUCCGAUGAAGAUGGAUCAACUUUCAAGUCCAUUGAACGUUUGGCAAAUAUAAACACUCUUUCCCAUUAUAAUUCCCGUGAUUGUGAUGCACGAGACAGCACAUUUUCUAUUUUUUACUCUUGCAACCACAACCUAUACAUGAGCUUGUGACUUAGAAGGUGAGCAGUUACCUUUUGU